AUGAAAUUGUCUCACACCGGGCUGGUCCUGCCAGCCCUCACCUGUCUCUUCCAAUGGGUCGAUGGACGCGUGGUGGACUUCACCCUCGACCUGACAUGGGAGGAUCGCCCUGUCGCCGGCACCAUGCGGAAGACCAUCCUCACCAACGGUCAAUUCCCCGGCCCGCCUCUGCGCGUCAAGCAGGGCGACCAGGUCAGGAUCCUGGUCAACAAUGCCAUGCCCUUCCAGACCACCAUGCACUGGCACGGUAUCGCCCAGUACGGCACCCCGUGGUCUGACGGCGUGCCGGGUCUCACGCAGACGCUCAUCGAGCCGGGCGAUUCAUUCCUGUACGAGUGGGAGGCGCUGGACUACGGCUCCUAUGCCUACCACUCCCACACCAGAGCCCAAAUCGACGACGGUCAAUUCGGAGCCAUCUAUGUCGAGCCGGACGAGUCGGUCCCCAGGCCGUUCCAUCUGAUCAGCAACCGCACGGCUGAUCUGCGGGCUUUGCUGCAAGCCGAGAAGAACACCCAGCCUCUCAUCAUCUCCGACUGGCGGUACUUCACUGCGGAACAGACCCUGGAAAUCGAAGAGGCCUCCGGCGUGCAGGCAUACUGCGCCAAUUCGGUUCUCCUCAACGGCAAAGGCUCCAUCCUGUGUCCCCCGCAAGAGCAUAUCAAUGAGCUCACUCGAUCAGGGGAGAAGGGGGUGCUUGGGAAUCAAACCAUGUCUGAUAUGGGCUGCAUGCCACCUCUUGCUGCUCGACUGGGCUUCUUCCCCUUCGACGCCAGCAAGAUCCCCGACGGCUACUACCAGGGCUGCAAACCCAGCACCGGGCCAACGGAAGUCCUGCACGUCGACCCCCAGACCCAGUACGUCAGCUACGAUCUGAUCAGCUUGGCGGGCACAUCCAACCUGGUAUUCUCGAUCGACGAGCACCCGAUGAUCGUCUACGCCAUCGACGGCCGCUACGUCGAGCCCCUCGAAACCAAGGCGAUCAACGCCUUCGUCGGAUCGCGAUACUCGGUCAUGGUGAAGUUGGACCAGCCCGUGGGGCAAUACACCCUGCGCGCGGCCAACAAAUACGCCAACCAGAUCAUCAACGGCACGGGCGUGAUGGCCUACCGCGGCUCGACGCCCGCCCAAUUCAACACCUCGCAGCCCUAUAUCAACGAGGUCGGCACGGCCUUCGACCGCAACGCCACCGACACUGUCCUGGACGAAUCCAAAGUCAUCCCUUUUCUCCCCGAACCCCCCGCCCUGGUCCCCGACCAGACCGUCAUCGUCAACGUCAGCCUCUUCAACUCGUCCUUCCGCUGGGUCAUGGGCGGUGCCAACUACCCCAUGUCAAACGAGGACAUCACCCCGCCGGUACUCUUCAACACCAGCGCGCUGCCGUCCGAGAACAUCGUCCAAACCCUCAACAACACCUGGGUCGAUCUGAUCCUCAACAUCUCCACCCCGGGCCAGCCCCAACACCCGAUCCACAAACACUCCAACAAAUUCUACGUCAUCGGCCAAGGAAACACCCCCUGGACCUACUCCUCCGUCGCCGAGGCCAUGGAAUACAUCCCCGAGAGCUUCAACCUCCGCAACCCCCAGAUCAGAGAUACCUUCCAGUCGCCCCCCUCCACGGCGAGUCUGGGCUGGCUGGCCCUGCGGUACCACGUCGUCAACCCCGGCCCGUUCUUCAUCCAUUGCCAUCUGUCCAUGCACGAGAGCGGCGGGCUGGCGAUGGUUCUGAUGGACGGCGUCGACAAGUGGCCCAAGUUGACCCCGGGGCAUACGUUGUUGCCCACUGUCGCGGAUACCUCGAUCCCGCAUCGCCCUAUUCGGCAUAAUAAUGUCUCGACCCCGUUUUCGAAUUCCACCACCGGGCCGUAUUGCAACUCCACCAGACCGAACUGGAGCACGAGCACAGAUACGGGCCCGAAUCCAACACAAUUAUAUCCCACCUCCCUCUCCACUGCGACGGGGACCGCGAGCACAUGAUGGUGAUGUGGUCCAAGGAGUGAAUGAAUGGAAUGGGUGCAUGGAAUUUGGUGCCGGUCCACCAACCCAACAACCAUCCAUCCAACCAUCCAACCAUCCAACCAGCAAAUGUGCAAUCUUGUCUACAUCUGACUGGUCGACCCUGACCCGACUCUAAUAAUCAUGUAUACCACUUGACACGUUAUUAUUUUUUUUUUUCUUUAUGACAUUAGACGCGUGGACUUGCGGGCGUUUUU